AUGUUUAGAUCUUUAAGUGUACAGAAAGCCUCACUACAAUCGCCAGCAAGAACUUUGAUUAGAACAAUGUCAUCAGCGGGUCCAAAACCAUACAACUUUCAAGAUGUUAAGAAAUUGGUCCAACAUCCUGAACAAGGUAAGGUUCUUGUUGAUGUGAGAGAACCAAGGGAGGUAGAAAUGUAUAAGAUGCCUACGGCCCUUAAUUUGCCAUUUCAAACUACACCAUCAGCUCUUUCAUUACCAGAAGAAGAGUUUGAAGAACAAUUUCAAGUUCCUAAACCAAAGAACAACGAAGAAUUGAUUUUCUUCUGUGCCAAGGGUAUGAGAGCCAGAGCAGCAGAAGAAUUGGCAAGGUCUUAUGGCUUCAAAAAUACUGGUAUCUAUGAAGGUUCUGUUAAUGAUUGGCUCGCCAAUGGAGGGGAUAAAAUCAAGCCAGAGUAA